AGAAAACACAGAGAGAGAAUAGCUGUUGGAGUUAUUAGAUCUUUUGUUCGAAGGGUUAAAAAAAGCCAGGUGUCCGUUAUUAAGCGCGCUCAAAUUUGCCAUUGUUCUUCCCUAAUCCAUUUUCAAUAAUCUUUUUCGUUAAAAUUGGCGCGUUUAUUUUUGAUAUAAAACAAAAGAUUGUGAAAUUUGUAUCAGUCAAAAUUAAAGUCAAGUAAGAGGAAGAUCACGCUUCAACUGGAUACACUAUCAACAUUAUUUUUUACUGGAUUUCGAAAUGCCAGAAAAAAAACGGAAAUCCAUUUCUGUUUCUUCAUCUGAAGAAGAGCAUUCAUCCUCUUCAGGAGAAAAUAGUUAUUCGAUCGAUGAUUCGCACGGUGGUUACACCACGCAUACCCGCGUGAAGCGAUUACGCGCGAACGAUCGUGAACGAAGACGUGUGCAUUUAAUAAAUUGCGCCAUGGAAUCGCUACGUGACGUCAUCCCUGGAUUAAAAGAAAAACGUAAGUUAACGAAACUGGAAUUACUGCGUGCGGCGAAUCAAUACAUAUGGAUUCUGGAUGAGGCUUUACGUACUGGCCAUACAAUUGAUGAAAUUUUAAACGGACCGAAAGAGCUGCCGCGAAUCUACUAUGUCGGUUCUUUCGGUUAUGCAAUGCCGACAUUGAAAAGAGAAACAAAUGGUUAAAAAAUCCAAAGUUUUUGUUUGGUUCAAAAAUGGGUUUUGUUUAUGUUCUGUAUAGAAUUCGGAAAGUUCGUGUAAUUUAAAAACGGAUUGUUUAAUAUGUAUAUACAUUUUUAGGCGACUUUUGUAAAUAAUUUUUGCGCCCGUUUUAAUGGUUUUUGUUAAAUUUAUUUAAAUUCCUUUCUUCAAGUGUACAACAGCCUUUUGAAAUCGUAAUAUAUUUAUUAGAAAAAAACGGGACGUACUUUCUUACUUUCCCAUGCGUGCACCAGACUUAUUUAGUACCCUCAAAAUAUUAACUUCUUCAUAUAUAAUUACAUUGCCAGACGACAUUCCGACAUGUAAUGUUUUGAUUUCGCGUUAUGAACAUUGCGCAUGCGUACACUUUGCGAGUAGAAAUUGUAAACACAACAUAUAUUAAUCUACCGUAAUAAAAAAAAUCCAUUGAAAAAAAGAAACCUCUACAAAUGAGUAAAAAAAAAAUUUCAAAAAAAUUUCAGUAACAUUUUAUUUUCUGGUUUCCAAAAACUUCAUGAAUUCAUGCGCCUGGCUUUUUAUACUUGUCAGAAUGGGUUCCCCUCCAAAUACUGGAAACUA